AUGAUGUUGAUUUUCUCUCUGCUUUUCACUCUCUUACUUGCAAGAACAUCGUCAGUUCGAGUAAUUCAAGUUGAAGUUGAUAGGCUUAAACACCCUGCUCUACACCUGCCUUUAUAUCAUGUCCAAGGAAGGCACGACUCAGACCAGACUUCUGAGACUCCCCUGCCCUUUUCUGAGGCACUUGUUCUGGACAGGACUCGUGUUAUGUACCUAAAUGCUAGACUCGCAAAGAAAAACAUGACAGCAGCUCAUUCGGGACACUUGAUUGAACCAAAAUCUGUUAAUGUUCCUCUAAAUCCCGGGGUGUCACUUGGUAUUGCAAAUUACUAUACCAAAGUAGGCCUAGGAACUCCACCAACAUACUAUCCUGUGGUAGUUGACACAGGAAGCUCCUUCUCGUGGAUCCAGUGCGAGCCGUGUAAAGUGUAUUGCCAUCCACAAAUCGGUUCCUAUUUCAAUCCCUCUGCUUCAAGGACUUAUCAGCAGCUAUCAUGUGACACAAGACAGUGCUCCGCCCUGGAAGUAGCCACUCUCAACAAACCCGGCUGCACUUCUUCAAACGUGUGCAUAUAUGUAACUACUUACGGAGACAUGUCUACUUCCAUUGGAUACCUUAGUCAAGAUUCAUUGAGCCUGGGCACGGGACAGGCACUGCCGAACUUUGUGUUUGGGUGUGGACAAGACAAUGAAGGCCUCUUUGGAAAAUCAGCUGGUCUAUUUGGCCUAGCGCGGAACAAGUUAUCUAUGUUUUCCCAGUUGUCUACCAAGUAUGGUAAUGUAUUCUCUUAUUGUCUCCCGACUAAUAUGCCCCUAGGAAAAAUUGGCAGCGGUGGUUUUCUUUCCAUCGGAAAACCUUCUUUGUCCUCGUUCAAGUUCACUCCGAUGUUGUCUGAACCUCAAGAUCCUACCUUGUACUUUCUAAAGCUCUCAGCUAUAUCAGUAGCUGGCCGUAAACUGGGAGUGGCAGAAUCCGGCUACAGUGUCCCCACAAUCAUAGACUCGGGAACAACCAUAUCACGCCUAACCGCAUCAGUGUAUAAGGCCCUUAGACAGGAGUUGGUUCGGAUUAUCUCGUCCAAGCAUCAAGUUACAGGAGCAUAUUCCAUACUCGAUGCGUGUUUCAAAGGGACUUCGGACGAGAUAUCAAAAAUUGUUCCUAACGUUCAAUUGAUCUUUCAAGGUGGUGCUGGUCUUGAUCUGGCGCCACACAAUGUUAUUUUAGAAGUCGAAAAAGGUACGACGUGUUUGGCAUUCGCGAGUAAUUCUGAUCUUAGUGAAAUCGCCAUUAUAGGCAACCAACAACAACAGACAAUUGAAGUUGUUUAUGACCUUUCCAAUUCAAGAAUUGGAUUUGCAACCGGAGGCUGUCAGUAG